AUGGCUACCAAAGAAGACGAUGCUCCCGUUUGGAUAACCGAUAACGCCCCAUUUGUGGUGGUGACAGAUCCCCUAGAUGGUUCUCGUAACAUCAACGCUUCAAUCCCCACUGGAACAAUAUUUGGGAUCUACAAUCGUUUAAUAGAACCCGAUAAUCUUCCAACGGAGGAGAAGGCGUUGCUGAAUUCAUUAAAGAGCGGCAAUCGCCUCGUCGCCACCAUCUAUGUUCUUUACUCCUACGCCACCAUACUCUGCACCACCUUCGGUUCCGGCGCACACGCCUUCACUCUCGAUAAUUACACCGGAGACUUCGUUCUCACACACCCAAAAAUCAAAAUCCCUCCUUGA